AUGUCCACUUCAACGAUACAACCACAGGCAGAAUCGCCAUUUGCUAGACGGGUAUCAUUUAACAACUUAAGCCCCGAUUAUAUCGAUGAGGAUGAUUUAUCGACGCCUUACACUAAGAACAACGGCCAGGGAGUAGAUAUACGGUUCAAAGAGAUCAAUUAUGGGAGUCCUGGGUCAGGAACAUCGGGACCAUCGCUUUUUAAGGAUUUUCCCAAGAUGUAUAGUGGUGGAGGAGACAAUUAUACCAGCUCGCGCAAGCGGUACCAUUUGCCAGACCCACCAUCGAAAUCGAUAUUGAAGAACAAGCUCAACCCAGUACAGGCACAGCAUAACUUAGAAGUCGGUGAGACAGACGGUAUAAACUACCACGAAGACUUGAACGAGAUCGCCAGAAGCGGGACUUCUGCGAUAUAUGAUUCCGACGACGAAGAAGACGACGACGAGGACAGAAAUGACGAACAAGUAGAACCUGGGAGACGUAAAUCGUACGUCGGUAUGUCAGACGAAGAGUUGAUGGCAUUGGACCCCCAGUAUAUCAACACCAAAUCCAAGGUUUCGGAUGUGGGGCAGUUUCGAUUCGACUCUCAGAAAACUUACUAUCUUCCUUCGUCCAGGAGAACAUCGGCCAAUGUAAUUAGCAAGGCUACAUAUCCUUCAUCCAACGAGAAUAACUACAAAUCGAUAAGCCUCUCGGUUAAACAUAAUGAUUACGAUCUGACAACGGCGAGUAGAACAUUGCUCACGGUCAUCUCAGGAAGAAAGCAUACAUGGAAUUCCCUCGAUUGGCUCUUAAUGAUAGGAAAUAAGCAAGAACCAUCAUUUUUGAAUGAUGGUGAUUACUUGGUAGUUACGAGUUUCAUUCCCGCAAAGUUUAUAAGUCAGCAGGAGAAGAAGAAAAAACGCACGGCCGAUGAGUUAUUGCUAGCAAAAUGUGAAAACUUGUUAAAUUAUAUAACCCGUGAAUUACCUGUGGAUUUAAGAGUUAAGAUCACGGUGGAGUUCAUCACUGAUCAAGCAUCUGAGGACUCGGCAAUAUCCACCAAAAAUAAGACUGGCAUCAAGUAUAUGCUUGCCCACAUUUUCAGACAAUAUCAACCAAUGUUGGUAAUAAUCGGCAAUAAGUCUACCAACUUGAAUUUCAAGUAUCCCUUAAGAAUGAAGCGUAAUUCGGAAUCAAAACCCAGUACUGUAGCUACAGGCAUUCCACGCUCUUCACUUCCUAGUGACUUGAAACGACACUCACUUCCUUCACCUGGUACUUUCCAGAAAAGAGCGAAAGACGACUACAUGAUCAAGUUUAGUUCUUAUAUUAUUAAGUAUUCCACUGUUCCGGUGAUAGUAGUGGGAAAUGUAACUAAAUUUCACCAAAUGCCCCGAAAUUCAAGUAAAAGCUCAGGGACAUCUAUUUAUACCUCAUCAAACGAGUCAAUUGAAAGUUAUGUAAGAUCGCCCACUGAAGAAAAAUUAACAGAAUUAGAUUUAGAUUUGAAGACGGAGGUUAAUAAUUUAUUGAAUUUGGAUAGCGUGGAUAAAUUCCAACGUAUAUUAUCGUCAAUUUCAGACAAGUCUUUAAGUGAGCUGAAUAAUUAUCUCGAAGCUUUGAAAAGCAGAGACCUGUCAUCGGGUGGAUUAAAAUUUGACGAUUCCGUUAUCUUCAACAAUAAAAUGCAUUCUAUUUAUAAUUCACAGUUUCAGAAUCGCAACAAUAAUCAGAACAACAGCGAUAAAAUGUAUAAAGUGAAAUCAAUGAUAUCAUAUGACGAAGAAGAAGAACGUAAGAAUGACAAGUUAAGGAACAAUAAAAAAGAAAAGUCUUUGAAUUCGAUUAAUUCAACGAAGUCAACAAAACCAGACAAUGCAUCUCUUGGAAGCGGUGACGAAGACAAAAAACCUAGAAAAAAAUCAUUUUGGAAAAAAAUUGGGUUAAAGAAAUAA